AUGAGAAGCCUGUGCUCUCGUCACAGACAAGUAGGUACAAUGGAUAACAAUGUCGUGGUGGCGGAAGCUGAGGAGAUUGACUGGGGAGAAAGUAGAGCGGAAGACGGGAAGAAUAUAAACAAGACCGACACCUUAUCAAGUAACGUCCACGCCGGUCUCCCCGACCCACUCGCAGAUCCGGUGUCAUGUUCUCUCGUAAAAGGAGACUAUCUCUACUUCCAUUACGGCUGUGACGGACAAGACGACCGGGGCUGGGGAUGUGGCUACCGCACGGUUCAGACGAUGGCCUCCUGGCUUUGCCGGAACUGCUUCCCGCUGCAGGGCAAACGCGAAGCUCCGCCGAGCCUCCCGGAAAUCCAGCAGGCCCUGGUCACCGCGGGGGACAAGCCGGGCUCGUUCUCGCGCUCCAGGGAGUGGAUCGGAACAUUUGAAGCCUCCCUGAUCCUUGACAUUUACUACGACGUGCCCUGCAAGCUGGUGCACGUCAGAGGCGGCGGGGCCGAGCUGGAGCGCGUCGCGGCGGAAGAGCUCCGGCGGCACUUCGAGGAGCACGGCUCUCCAGUGAUGAUGGGGGGCGACAGGGACAACUCUUCCAAGGGGAUAUUGGGGGUAUGCACCGGGGACACUGGGAGCCACUUGCUCGUCGUGGACCCUCACUACUACGGAGGUCCGCUGGGGAAGACCGAGCUGCAGGCGCGUGGGUGGGUGGCGUGGAGGAGAGUGUCGUCUCUCGACCAGUCUUCGUUCUACAAUCUGUGUUUGCCUCAGACCGCCAACAAAUGAGCAGACACGAAGAGACAGACGUGUUUCUGUAACUUAGACCGUCCUGAUGGGGUGAGAUCAGGCUCAAUAAUUGCAAAUGCACACAGAGAGACUCACACAUGCAAACACGAGGAUUCACACAUGCGCACAGAACAAUUCACAAAGAUGUGUUGAUCUGACCCCAUACGAGGACGUGCUCUAGAAAGUGUCCUUUGAGGUCAGACUUUCUAAUUGGCUGCAAUGCCACCUUGUGGAUGAAGUCAGCUAUUACAACGUAUUUAAAGAACAGGGUAAUUAUAAUAAGCAAUUUCUUCAUUAUUGCUAUUUCUUACUAAAAGUAUUUCCCUCGAUGGCGCUUUAGUUGGUAUUCAUUUAAAAAAUCUCUCCAUAAAUUGUGUUACUGCCAUUCAUAUGGAAAUUAAUUCACCGUAGACAUUGCAGAUGUUUGGAUGUUAUUGGACUUUUGACUGCAUAUACUUUGAUUCUAUGUUCCAGCUUCUCAGAUAUUAAGAUGUGUAGCUUUUCUUUGUCUCUUUAUGAUGGUAAACUGAGUAUAUUCCCAAGUUUGGUUUGAAUAUAAAACGCAAUGCGUAGAUGUCCACAUUUUGGUUCCCUAGAGAUGUGAUGAACAUUUUAAUUUAUUUUUCAAAUGCAUUUUCUUACAUGUAGACUUAACGAUUAGUCGAGAAUAAUAAAUCUAAAUGAAAAUGA